AUGCCUGAAACCAUAGUCCAAGUCAAUGCAGCAUUUCCUAAACCCUGGAAGAAGAAAGGAAUAUUAGAAGCUCGAAAAUGGACACCUCAGGCCAAGAAUCCAAAACUAGUACAUCAAGGGUUUAUCCUCUAUUCCAAUGAAGACACUAUAGUCAGCGGUCAAGCCUACCUCUCAACUGGAAUAGAAGUUCACCUACCAGAAGGCAUGGCAGCAAUGGUCAGUUCAAUAGAAGGAAUUUCCACAGUUGGACAACCCAUAGCAAAACUCUCCCUCAUCCCACUAGCCUCAGCUCAACUAGUCACUGCUGGACAGAAGCAAGAAGUCCAACCUUCACCCUUUGUCAAGAACCUAACUCCAGAUCAAGAGGCAAGA